CAGGGAAUGGCUUUUACCCUUGAAGAGAGGCUGCAACUGGGAAUUCAUGGUCUCCUUCCUCCUUGCUUCUUGAGCCAAGACGUUCAAGUCCUCCGUGUGAUGAAAAACUACGAGAACAAAUCUAACGAUUUAGACAAGUAUAUUGUUCUUAUGACAUUACAAGACAGGAAUGAGAAGCUUUUUUACCGAGUGCUGACCUCCGACAUCGAGAGAUUCAUGCCCAUCGUUUACACCCCAACGGUUGGCCUGGCUUGUCAGCAGUAUGGUUUGGCUUUCAGGAGACCACGGGGGUUGUUUAUCACCAUCCAUGACAAAGGCCAUAUUGCAACAAUGCUAAACUCUUGGCCUGAAGAAAAUAUUAAGGCUAUCGUGGUGACAGAUGGAGAGAGGAUUCUCGGUUUAGGAGAUCUAGGAAGUUAUGGCAUGGGUAUCCCAGUUGGGAAGCUUGCUUUGUACACAGCUUGUGGUGGAGUUCACCCACAACAGUGUCUCCCUGUCCUGCUGGAUGUUGGCACAGACAACGAGGCUCUCCUGAGUGAUCCACUCUAUAUUGGACUGAAACACAAGAGGGUUCGUGGGAAACAGUACGACGAACUGAUUGAUGAGUUUAUGCAGGCAGUUACCAACAAGUAA